AUGUAUUCUAAUUCGGAUCAAAAAACUAAACCAAAGAAUGUUCAUUAAAGAGGAAUGUUAUCAUAUGAUAAAAGACAAAUGAGUUUAAAAGAUGAGUUUGAAGCAAUUCUUGAUUAUUAAAAACGGAAAAUAUAAUUAUUAACUUAGUUUUAAUCAUAAUAGACAAUAGAUGGAUUGAUGGAUUAUGUGUUUGAAAUUUCUAGUCCUUUGCUUAAACAUUUAGAAUUUCCAAUGUAAAUUCCUUAUUCAAGGACAUUUUGUGGGUAAAAAAUUUUAUAGUCGAUUGAGUUUUGGACACUUUAUUAAAUAAUUUUCUAUCUUUUAAACUAAUAAAGUAAUUAUUAUUUUAAUCGUUUGGAAUAAAUAUUUAAAAUCAGAUUGCAUAAGUAUUUAACAAAAGAACAAAUUAUAAAUACUCAUUAAAUAAUAGAGCAAAUUGAAUAAGUUUAAGACUUUAGGUUAAAUUUUGAAAAAUUAUGUGAAAGCAAUAAAGAAACUGGGAAACCUUCUAAAGAUAAUAAUGAAAUUUCAUCAAGCUAAUUUAGUAAAAAAGUGAAUUUUAAAAGAUUGAAGAUUAUAAUUAACACAAAAGAUAAUUAAUGUAAUAAAUGGUUUUUAUGAAGCUAUCAAGAAGGAAGAAUUAGAAGAUUAAAACUGUUUUUAAGCCAAUUUUGAAAAAGUUAUAACAGAAUCAACUAAAAAUGAUUAAACAACUUACAAUGAUUUGAUAUAAAAUUAAAAUUAGAUAUAACAAGAAGUAUCAAUAAUUUAUGAUUUAGUUUAUAAAAGAUGAUUCUUAGAAAGCAAGUUUGACCCAAGAAAUAAAAGAAUUAGUAAGAGAAACUAUAAAUGAUUUGAUAAAUGAUGAUAAUAAUAAUAAUAUGAAUAAUAAUGAAUUAAAAGAAACUGAAAUAUAAAGAAAUGAAAAUUUCUAAGAAUAAAUAAAUUAAGUAAAUAAAAAAUUUUAUGAAGUUUAUUUCACUUGAAAACUUAUAUUUAUCUUCAAAUGUUGAAUUUGUAGUUUUGAUCCAUAAUAUAAAUAGGAACAACUCUAAUUCUCUAAUUCAAGUUUUGGAAGGUGAUUAUGAAGGUCAAUUUGCUUUAUAUUAAUUCAAAGAGACUUUAGAUGAAAAAAUUUAGAAAGAAGACUUUAAUUAUUAUCAAAACUAUCUUGAAUAUUUAAAAGUACGUCAGGAAAGACCUAUAGUUGUAAUGCACUAAAGUUAAUAAACUAAAGAAAAAUGA